AUGAUUUUCUCAAUAAUAGGCACAUUCAUUGCCAACUUGAUCAAGAUCACUGCCGUGGUUACUCUCAUAUGCUGCUGGGACAGUGUAUUACCAAAUCGCACUCAAAUCACGAGAGAAGAGGCGUCGUUGCCUGGUAAAGCCGUUUCUUAUAUCUUCCGUGCGACAAGGGAGUAUGCGGUGCGACUUAUGAAGUUUCUGUGUAAUUUAUUCCCGUCUAUUAGGCAACCGAUAUCUGCAACCACAAAUACAGCAUCGAGUCCUCAAACGCCCCAAGGAGGCUCAUAUCAAAACAACCAUGCUGCACCAAUCGUACAUCGACAAUCUCGUGGAAAAGAAAAAUGUCUACUAGACGCUCAGCACUGCCGUGCUAUAGCCGCUCAGUGCAAGUUUUAUGAAGACACACACGCAGCAUCCACGGAAGAAAUGACCCUCAAAUACUGCGCCCAACACAACGACUGCCUCCUCGAGCAAAAUAAACUCAAAACAUCCAUCCUGGAUCAAAGAAAACAUCAAAACAGGCUUUUGAAUAGAAUAACUAGUCUUGAAAGAGAGAAGCAGCAGAAACAAGCCCAAAUAACAGAGCUUGCCGAUUUCAUAAGCGGAUGUUCCUGGCGACGUGACGACUUUACAAGGCAGCUGGAACACCGAGCCAGAAUAACACACACAGCAUACAGACUUGUCGAUGAAAAACUAGCCGAGAUCCAAGCACAAUAUCACACGAUACAAAACGCCUACCGGGGUGGCCAGUUGGAGUUUGACGAGCGAGAGCAGGCCCAUAUCGUCGCGCUCGACCAUAAUGAACGCGACAACCGCCUGGGAAGAAGGAUACAGGCGGGGUUUUGGCGUACGUUUAAGAACGGUUUGACGAGAUUAGUUGACGCGGUAGACAGUGACUGCAAAAACCUACCGCUUACGCCGGCUGUAUUGCAAGAGAUAGAGCUUGCGAAGAAGAGGCUACAACCCGAGCUGGCGGCGGUUCGUGGACAUUCAGAGUCUGGGAACGAGGCCAUGUCCCAGCUUGAACGGGAGAAGCAGGCAUGGGACACCGCUGAAAAGAAAAUGUUGGAUGGGAUGAAAAUGGAGGAGGACCACUCCGAGAACAUAUUAACCCAUGUAGGGUCAUCGAAAGACGGCAUGGCCGCAAGGAACAGACACCGUACCAGGUUCGACGAAUUUGAUACUGUCAGGACUGGGGGAGCUGAAGUAAAGCCAGUUGAUGUAAAAGAAGCUCGCCCACCCGGACGAGGACAGCCAAAAAAGACAUUGGAACGGUUUUCAAAGCCCAGGGAACAGCGCGAACGUGAAAACUCGCUUCAGACAGAAGCGUGA